GCCUUACCGAAGGCACCAAGCCGUUACCUUACUUAAGCCCUUCGCAAGUCCUCCUAAACAGCAUAAAAGCAUGGAGCUUUCCACAGCCCCCAAACAACGCUUGGUUCAAAAUCCGAAGUCCCUGCGAGAAUCCUCAACCCCUGCGGUCAUCUAUCCUGUUUCCACACCCUCCUCAUCACCACACGUAAACGCCACCAACAGCAAAAUUGCAACAUUGUGUCCGCAACUCCGCCUCAACAAGCGCGACACCUUCCCUUCCACCGCAACUUCUGCCCUCUUGCACAGCUCCCCUCAACUCACCCCAACACCACUCCCCAAGUCGCCCGUCGUCCCCAUCCUCCAAAUCUUACCAACCAACCCAAUCACACCCAACCUCCUCCUGUCCCCAUCCAACCGCCUACUUCGGCGACGUAUGGUAAUCCUCUAAGAGGCCCGAAAACACGUACAGACCCGUCCAGUAGAUCGCAAUCCAAAGCGACAACGGCAUGGGCAUGCCCGAGUACAGCACCGCGAGCACGCCCCACACCGUCAAGGCAGAGCCCACGUAUUGCGGGUGGCGGAUGGCGGUGAAGGGCCAGCCCUCCACCCACGGCACCUUCACACCCAAACGGCAGCCGUAGUACACGCCAGCAACACCCAGGGCGCGCGGUUCAGGUGUUGCAAUACAACAGCCUGUAGCCCGCCCGGCUUCAUCCGCCCGGCCCUCCCCCCCCCUUCUUGGCCGCACCUGUCCAUAUCCGAUGAGUGCGGCAGCAGCCACCAGUUGCCAGGGGGCGAUGGUGAGGCGCGGGCAGAGGCCGGAGGACAUGGAGGACCACACCCAGAGGAACGAGAAGCUAAACUGCAAGACUGCGGAGGAGGAAAGCGACUCGAGCAGCUCGCGCGGGAAGACCCUCGCGUGAAUACCGCCUUGGAUUCUCACGCGCCAUUACAUCUGGUGACAGCUGUGGAACGUGCCCUCUUGGCGAAACCGGCUAUUUUCGCGGAGGCGGUGGAUCAGCUGACAUGUGUCGAUGUCGAGGGCUGCGUGCCGGAUCAGGCCCUAGCGGACACCGCCAGGGCCCGAGGCAACACGCAGUUCCAGAAGGGCCAGUACGGCGCAGCUGUGGAGUCGUACACGGGUACGAGGGGUACUGUGUGGCCGCCACAUGCUUGCGUAACAUGUAGCCCAGCGACCCAUGGGCCAGCCGCAGCUAGGUCACCCAGACACACUCCCGGCCUGCCUCCCAGUCUUGACUUGAUCGUGCAUCCACCGUCGUCAUGCGCUUUCACCAUGGGUUGCCAGUACUAUCGUCAACAACACGGUAUCCCGGUUCGGUCUUUACUUUUUCAUUUGCCAGCCAACUCCGACCUGCCGUACAUGCCUAAAGGACGGUUGGGCUGUCGUGCCGACACAGCAACC